AUGGUGUUAGCGCUAUUUCAGCCAGUUAAAAAGCUGGUCAAAAAGGAGACCGUUUAUAUCGACAACAACACCUUCCGACUCCACUACCGGGCGACUGUCAUACUAUUGAUCGCCUUUUCCAUAGUCAUCACUUCCGGUCAAUACUUCGGUGACCCCAUCGACUGCAUCUCAAAGGACUUCCAACGUGUGGACAAACAUCCGUUUGAUAUGUUAGACACGUAUUGUUGGAUUCACUCGACGUUUGUCUUACCGGACGCCAUGAACAAGAAGGUGGGGGUAGAGGUGGCGCACCCGGGCGUCGACAAGCAUACGCCCGACCAGAAGCAGGUCUACCACUCGUACUACCAGUGGGUGGGGUUCGUGCUGUUCCUGCAGGCCGUCAUGUUUUACGCGCCCCGAUAUAUAUGGAAAAACUACGAGGACGGUAAGCUCAAGGUACUGGUCCAGGGGCUCGGCAACCCGAUCAUCAAGGAUGGGGAACGGGGUGAGAAGAUCCAGGCGCUGACUAAGUACCUAAAAGCCAACCUCCGCUAUCAUAACGCCUACUUCUGGUACUACACGGCCUGUGAGUUGGCGAACAUGGCUAACGUCAUAAUACAGAUGUAUUUGGUGGACAGCUUCCUGGGCGGUGCGUUCAGUACGUACGGCUCGGACGUACUGAAUCACUCGGAGUCGGAUCAGGAGAAUCGGGUCGACCCCAUGAUACAGGUGUUCCCCCGGAUGACCAAAUGUACGUUCCGUCAGUACGGCUCGUCCGGCGACGUCCAGAAACACGACGCCCUCUGUAUACUACCCCUCAAUAUAGUGAACGAAAAAAUUUAUAUCAUUUUGUGGUUUUGGUUCAUCAUUUUGGCCGUCAUUACCGGCAUUACUAUUGUCUAUCGAUUGUUGAUUAUAUUUUUCCCGGCGCUCCGGUACCUGACACUGAGAUCCCAGGCCCGGCUCACGGACGCUAAUCACCUGAGACUCGUGAUGGAGGUGUCGAAGAUUGGCGACUGGUUUCUACUGUCCCUCCUGUGCAGGAAUAUCGACGGACAGCACUAUAGGGAACUCAUACAAGAGUUUUCAAAGGCUAUCACUGAGGACGGGUCGGGUGAAGCCAUGCUUGAAAAUAGCGAGAAACAGGCCCUAACCUCCAGUGCCUAA